AUGGCUGCUGCUUUUCUGGACACGUCACCGUUUCCGCGAAACACACAGAUCCUUCCAUCAUCACUGCACGGAGAUAUUCGCCAUCAAAUCUCUAUUCCAAGCAAAAUUCCGGCGACGAUGAUGCCACCGGAGCUGCAGCCGCGGCUGUUCCGGCCGCAUAUAUCCUCUUCCUCCAGUGAACCAAUUUUGUCUUCUCCCUCUUACUCCCCUCACAUGAGCCCUGCCUCCUCCAGAAACUUCAUCGAUCGAACUCCUGGAUGUCGCUGA